AUGGCAGUCGUGCAUCGCCACGGCGGCUCUCAGCAGAGCUACUACGACGGCCACCCUCUCGCGUGGUUCACGCAGUACGGCGAGAAAGGCCCCACCUAUUAUUCCAAGAACUACAAGUACGUGAACGACGAGGCGUCGACGGUGUGGUACCACGACCACAUGGCGGGCAUGACGCGGCUGAACGUGGCGGCGGGCAUGGCGGGGCUGUUCAUCAUCACGGACCCAAAGGUCGAGUCCAAGUACACCUGGCUGCCUCCUCCCAGCCGUACGAUCCCGCUCGCCAUCGCAGAUCGGCUGUUUUUCGCCAACGGGUCGAUCAAUUAUCCGAACGUGGGCAUUGUGCCGAAGGUGCAUCCCAACUGGAUUCCCGAGUACCUCGGCAACACCAACAUGGUCAACGGCGUGGUCUGGCCGUACCUCAAGAUUCGCCCGGCGCUUUACCGUUUCAAGGUGCUGGGCGCGUCGAACGCGCGCUUCUACGAUCUGAAAUUCGUUUGCGCGCAGCGCGGCGAUUAUCCCAACUUCGUACCCCCUCUCACGGGCAAGGUCCUUCAGAUGAUCGAGUACGUUCCUAGGAUCAACUUCAGGGACGUUCAGAGGGUGCGAUGGCACCGCCUGGUGGAAGAAAUGGAUCCAAAAACGAACCUCCCCAUCCGCGUCACCAUCGACAACUUAGGGUUUAUGGACCCUGUCAGGGACUACCCGAAGCAAGGCACGAACGAGAUCUGGCACAUCAUCAACCUCUCGGCCGACGCGCAUCCGUUCCACAUCCAUUUGAUUGACCACCGUCCGAUCGCCCGCCGCGCGUUUGACGUGGCGGGUUUCCAGGCUGGCAGGUGCUCGUUCCGCAAAUCGGAUAAGAAGCCCGCGUGCUGGACGAGCGGAAGAAUCCCCGUUGAUCCGAUCGAGAGGGGGUGGAAGGACACGACACCUGCGUAUCCCGGUCAGGUGCUCACACUGUGGGCUGGGUGGAAGGAUAACAACGGAAGGCCGCUUCAGUUUGAUGCGUCUGUCGGGCCUGGGUAUGUGUAUCAUUGCCACAUGCUGGAUCACGAGGACAACGACAUGAUGCGGCCGUUCAAGAUUGUGCCGAAUGGUCGCACUGAAUGA